UAAGCCUUUCACUCUUCGAUGUGCCUGCCCACAGUACACUGGCCGUCCAAUUUAGCUAGCCCGGGCCCCGAAUCGGCAGCCCUCCACCCCGCGCCUGGGCAAUAUUAUCUCGCGCGCCAGCGACGCCUGCGAUAUCGGCACGCACGCACGGCAGGGUUGAGACGUCGUUCCCAACAUGAUGCUUUCGAUGAGCCCAAAGACGCCCGGCCAGGGAACUCAGCCGGUAUCGUACGCGACCUCCCCGACGAGCGCGCGCUCCCAGACGUUCAAGCGGCCCGCCUCGAGCGAUGAGGAUGAGCAGGAGAACGGCGACAACAUGGCGGCCGGGCGCGGGUCCGGGGGCAGCAGGCGGAACACGGUCGUGAAGCGGGCUUGCAACGAGUGCAGGCAGCAGAAGCUCAAGUGCAACGUCCAGCAAGACCCCUUCGUGGCCUGCUCGCGAUGCAGCAAGCAGAAACUCAACUGCGUCAUUGAGCCCAACUUCAAGCGCGUCGGCAAGCGCACACGCAACGCGGAGAUGGAGAGGGAGAUGGAGCGCCUGCGAGAGCGCCUCGCCAUGUUCGAGGGACGAGGCAUACCGCAGAACCAGCCGCCCAUCGUGAACGCACCACAGCCCAUGCCCGAGAACCGCGCUUUUGCCUCAGGCCCGGCGCAUACAGAGGAGGACGAUGCCUUCUUGCAAUCGCAGACCCAGCAGGUAGCCGCAACCUCGUUGCUGGACCUGCGCAGCGGCUCGCCCAUGUUCCACACACUGGAGAGUAUCAAGCUCUCGCCGCCGCAGGUCACCGACCUAUUCCAGUUAUUCUUCGACCUGUAUCACCCCUUCCUACCGUUUCUCGACCCCACCCGUUCGCCGGACGAAGUCUUCUCCAAAGACCACAAACUGCUGUUCUGGGCCAUCAUCAGCGUCGCUGCCCGCCACUACGAUACCGACCCCGGACUGCUCAAGCGCCUCAAGGAGCCCUUGACAAAUUUGAGGAACCAGACGGUGAUGGGGCAAACCAACCAUCAUGUGGUGAAAGCGCUGUGUUUGCUCUGCUACUGGCCGCUUCCCACCAAUCGGACCGUCCUAGACCCUACGUGGAGACUAUGCGGUCUAAUGAUGCAGAUCGCCAUGGAGAUAGGCCUGCACCAACCUACGCAUCCGCAAGACUUUUCGAGGACAAAAGUGCGUCUCCGGGAGGAAGACAUACAUGACAGGCUGCGGACGUGGGCCGUUUGCAACAUAGUUGCCCAGACUGUCUGCACCGGCUAUGGUCAGCCUUCCAUCACCCUGUACGACUCCACCCUGGAUUUCAGGACGGACGAUGAAGACCAUAUGCGCAUAAUCCCACCGGAUCUGUUCGUUCGGUUACGGCAGGAGAUGGCCGCCAGCCGCAUCAAUAAGCUGCUCUAUUCCAUGAGCAGUCAUCGGUUCUCUGAAGGCGCUGCAACUGCCUAUAUGCAUCUAGAAGCGGACCGUCUGAAAGAGGAGCGUGGGUUGCUUGAUGGCGUCAAUAAGGAAUUGGAAGAGCUACAUCACUGCGCAGUGUCUCUGCAUCUGCACCUCUUCUCCUUCUUCAACAGGGAAGCCCGACUCGAGCGCCGCGACGAUUUGGUUGCUCUAUAUUUAGCAGCCACCGCUUUCUUGGACCGUGUAUUCAAUCUGCAGCGAGAGAGCAGGCUGAUAUAUGCCCCAUACCACAUCAUGCAAAUGGCUCUUGCGUCCGGAUUCGCCUUGCUCAAGCUUCUCAAUUCCGACCUCCCCGCCGGCCUACCUACCGAUCGGGGCCGCCAGUUCGUCUUGCAGACAGUCGAAGCGUUACGGAAGUCCAAAGUCGAGACGAAUGAUCUCCUAGAUCGAUUUGCGGAAGUCUUAGCCCAGCUAUGGAAGGAAAGCUCAAGGGGUCGCAGCCUGCACAGCAUGUCCCAGUCGCCGGUUGUGGGCAACCCGGGAAUGGCGACAAUGUUCAACAGCAAAGUCCAAGCGCCUCCCCAAGGCCAUAGGAGGCAGAGCUCAGGCAUGCUCGAGGAUCCUCUGGGUCUCAUCAUCCGGAGUCGCAUGAGCAUGAGCGUGGUCUUUGACUGCGUCUGGCGUUGGCGCGAAUCGCAGGUCAACGGUGCCGCAGAGCAACUUGAUGCCACAGUUCGGGAUAAUCCCACCAAUCCCGAUAGCUCUACGAAUUCCACUCCUCCCCCAGGUGUCCCCGUUGAAAAUCCAACUCACGGUAUACCGAGCUUCAAUCCGCAUGUCAACACCUUGAGCAUGGCCCCGAUGCAGCUGACGAAUGGCCUGGCGAGCGCAAACAGCUACGAGAUUUUCGACCCCAUGAGCUGGAUGCUCGAGUCUCAAGCCGAUUGGAACUAUCAUAACUCCGGCCCUUUCUCCAACGAUUUUGGUGUAUAGCCUGGGCCAUCAUCUACUGGAGACGGCUACUAUAGCAACACUCCAACGAGCUUUGAGGAUUCAUGGAGCUGGGCCGACGACAACCAGGAAUCCGGCUGAAUUGCCCUUGCUACUUGCCGCCGGCGACGUUACUAGAUUAACUACCAUCCCCAGCAGACUUUGCCAUUGUUGUACCACCUCGGCUUUCUAAUGGUGUCGACGAGCUCAGCGCGAAUCGUCAUAGUGUAGAAGGGUAGUCUUCCUUUGUUUCACGAUACCUGGCUGGCCACGGCCGUGCGGGCAUUCACGCCGACAUGUCACUAUCCCGACUCCUUUGGUAUCUCUCGACCCCUUAUCACGCUGGCAUCAUUGGUAUC